CACCGCUUCAAUCUGCCCGUACACGCUGUCGGCGUUUGUUUUGUUUUUUUUAUUUAAAGAGAUUUCUCUAUUAUGAGCUCCAAACGACCGCAGAACGAGAGCGGUGAGACAGGAGGGAAGAAGAAAAAGAGGAGCAGCAAGGAGACCGUGGAGCUCUGUGGGGCUGUGGAGGAGGAAGAGGUGAAGGGAGCAGUGAAGGAGGCAUGGAGGAGCAGGGUCCACUACAGCAAAGGGGACCUGCAGUUGGACUGCCAUCCUUUCCCUCACUGCAUAAUCAAGAACUUCCUCAGGAGCCAAACCUUUGUUGAAAGCCUACAAAGAGAGCUGCUGGAACUCAACUUCAAUGAAAAGUCAAAUGAUCUGUACAAGUUUAAACAGUCAGAUGAUCUGAAGAAGAGAAAGGAGCCACACAUUGCAGCAGUGAGGGGGGCCCUGUUUGGGCGUUUCCGCUCUUGGCUCGGGGACGUCCUGGGCGUCGAGCUGGAGCCCACUGUGGAUAUUUCUUGUGCUAAAUAUGAAUAUACAGAUGUUCUUUUGUGCCAUGAUGAUGAGCUGGAGGGGAGGAGGGUCGCUUUCAUUCUGUAUCUUGUGCCUCCAUGGCAGAGCAGUGAUGGUGGCACCCUGGAUCUGUACUCCACAGACAGUAAUUUCCAGCCAGAGAGAAUAGUGAAGUCCCUCGUACCUUCUUGGAACACCCUUGUACUGUUCGAGGUGUCUCCAGUAUCUUUUCACCAGGUUUCUGAAGUUUUAUCACGAGACAAGUGCCGUCUCUCCCUGAGCGGCUGGUUUCACGGACCUUCUUUGGAGCGUCCUCCUCGUUUUAAGGAGCCAUCCAUCGUGAAGCAUCCUCACUUACCGAGAGAUGUGAGUGCUUUGGGAAACGGUGAUAAGUCGUGUUUUCAGGCACUUUCAUUUUAAGGUUUCCCAUCGAUUUUGUUUGUUAAUCUAGCUACACACUACAUGCACCAUAUUAAAAAGGAGUUUUAUUCUAUUGAAAAUCAAAGUGACACUUGAUAAGAUUAGUGGCCAAUUCUGCAGAUUUUUCACAUAUCUAAUUUUAAAAAUCUAGCAGAUAUAAUUGAAUCUGUUACAAAGGAGGUAUCUCUUAAUGAGGCAUUCAAAUGUGGAUCUGCUGUUGUGCUUUUGAUUCUUGUCCUCUGCUUAAUUGAUGGUUGGAGAUUGUUCUUUAGGAUUCCAUUGGGUCGUCCAGAUACUUAUACCAUAAAGCAGCCCCAGAUAAUCACACUUCCACCACCAGGUUUCACUGCCAGUAUGAUAUUCUCUGGUUAUAACGUGUUAGAUUUAUGGCCCAUGGAAUGAGACACACG